GGGCCGGGCUCCAUUGGCCGCCUGUGGGGCGGAGCGGGGCAGAGCGGGCCGCGCUCCAUUGGCCGCCUGUGGGGCGGGCCGGGCCAGGCCGGGAUGGCGCGCACCAAGGCGGACCAGCGCGGCGGCGCCUUCCGCAAGGUGCUGGUCGCCAGGGCUCCCCGGAAGGCGCUGGGCUGCAGCAGCACCAACGCGGGGCCGCCGCUGCCCGACAGGAGAGGUGCCGGGCGCCCCGUGCGGCUCAACCGGGUGUGUGUGAGGCCGGUGCCCGCCUGGCAAAAGGGCAUCAGCGACUUCCUGAAGCUGCCACCCAAGGAGAACCGCGUCCCCGACGGAGCCACGCCCGGGACCAGCGGCCUGGAAGCUCGGCCCCUACCACUGGAUCCUGCUGAAGAUGGAGAGUGCUUGGAGGAAGACUGAUGGGAUCCGACCUUGAUUUUCAUGUUAAAAUGCUCCUUCUACUUGAGCUGGGUUUUGUGCAUUUGUAUAGUUUUUUACAAUUUUUAUGGCCAUGAGCACUGGAGAAAUUAAUUAUUUUUUACUGUUUGGCACUUAAUGUUCAUUGUAAACCACUGGUUUAGUUUUUAUCUUGGUUUGCUUAAAUUCCUCCAGCAUGUUGGGCAGCUUUUGUCUUUCAUCUUCUGACUGCCUUGUGCUUGUCCAAGACUUGCAUGAUCAUGGUUGUUCUGUUACUGAGAAGCAAAUCCUCAUUUUUUUAAUAAACUGAAGCCUUCUGACCA